AUGUGGGGGACGCGGUUUUGCAUUCGCGGGGUGUACGCAGCGAGGCGCGUGGCCCACGGCGGAGAUGGCGCGCGUAUCUCGCCCCCAUCGGGCCCCGCCGAGUAUGAAAUUAUUGGGAAACCGCGCUUCGUGCCCGAUGCAUCUGACCGCGGACGGCCCUACGCCGCCCGUAAACGACCCGAGAAAUCCGACCAACGUGAAGCGGGGCCGGCGGGCCGCUUUUUGCGCGGCGCUCGCCCGCGCGCGGGAAAAAGCACCGCCCUCGGAAAUAUAAUUAGGCGGCCAUUUUUCAUCGUUAAGGCCGACGCGGAUUCCGCGUCGGGCGAGAAACAAUACCGCAUCAGC